ACGCACUCAAUAUGUGCUAGUAAUGUCUUGUUUGCCAGCUUGUUGACUCAUGGUUGCUCCACCUGUGGCAAGAGCUUUGCCCAGAUAGCGGGGCUGCGAGAUCACCAGCAGGUGCACAGCAGUGAGUGGCCCUUCAUCUGCUCCGACUGCGGCAAAUGCUUCAAGUCGUCGCCGGACCUGAAGAGGCACAGGCUCCUGCACACCGGUGAGCGACCCUACACCUGCAGCGACUGCGGCAAGGGCUUCAUCCUCACCAGUUACCUGGUGUCCCACCAGCGCAUCCACACUGGUGAGCACCCCUUUACCUGCUCCCAGUGCGACAAGGGCUUCAUCCGGUCCAGUCAGCUGCUGUCCCACCAGCGCACCCACACUUGCGAGCAUCCUUACACCUGUACCCCGUGCGGCAAGGGCUUCAAUCGCUCCUCCAAGCUGCUGUACCACCAGCGCACCCACACUGGUGAGCGCCCCUACAACUGCACCCAGUGCGGAAAGGGCUUCACCCACUCCAGCAGCCUGGUGGUGCACCAGCACACCCACACCGGGAAACGCCCCUACACCUGCACCCAGUGUGGCAAGGGCUUCACCCGCUCCAACCAUCUGCUGUCUCACCAGCGGGUGCACGCCAGCGCCCAUCCCAUCCCCAGCCUGGUCAGUGGGGAACGCUUUGCCAUGGCUUCCCAAGCCCUGUCUCACCAGCGCAUGCACACCAGUGGCCAGCCCUACGACUGCCCAUACUACGGUGAGGAAUUUGACAGCUCGCGGGGGUUGCGGCAGCAUCGGCGGACCCACAAGAGAGCAUGGGGGCUGCGGGAGCACCAGCAGAUACACACCGGAGAGAGACCCUUUGUGUGCGCUGAGUGUGGCAAGGGUUUCACCCACCUUGACCACCUGCUGGAGCACUGACGAGUCCACACCGGCCAGCGCCCCUUCACCUGCCCGCUCUGCGGCAAGGCCUUUGCCCGCUCCUCCAGCCUGCUGGCACACCGCCACGUGGAUAGAUAGGCGCUGUUUAGGUAGACACAAAAUGCAGGAAGGAAUGGGUAACGUUUCAGGGUCGAGACCCCAUCUUCAGUGUCGACCCGAUAUGUCACCCAUUCCUUGUCUCCAGAGAUGCUGCCUGUCCCACUGAGUUACUCCAGCACUCUGAAAUGUCACCUAUCCAUGUUCUCCACAGAUGCUGCCUGACCCAGUGAAACAGCGUGGAAACAGGCCCACACCGACCAACAUGUGCCAGCUACACUGGUCCCACCUGCCUGUGUUUGGUCCAUUUCCCUCCAAACAUGUCCUAUCCAUGCAACUAACUGUUUCUUGGGAUAGCCCCAGCCUCAACUACCUCCUCUGACAGUUUCUUCCAUACUCCCACCACCCUCUGUGUGAUGCGGCUAAGAAGAAGCUACGCGACCGUGACAUCAAAUGCACAUUGAUCUUUCCCUGCACACUGAGAGUUGUCCACGCUGGCAAGACACAGUUCUUUCACACUCCUGGUGAAGUUGGGACAUUUCUUGGUGAGCUCUCCUCCAUUAACUCCUCCAUGGACUCUGAUAUAACAGCC